AUGGAAAAACAACUUGAAAAGGGAAUUUCGGCAAUUAAAAAAUUUGCUAAGAAAUAUGAAAGUGUAUUGAAAAGAAUAAACAAUGGAAAGGUUAUGAAAACAAUAAAUAAAAGAAAGAGACCAAAAAAGAGUAUAAAUACUAUAAAUAAUAUCCCCAACCAAGUCGAAAAUAUAAAUACUAACAAAGAAGAUAAAAUAAAGAAACUGAGUAAUUAUUUAAUUAAUCAAGAAAAUGAACUGGAUUCACAAGAAAAUAUGUAUAUUUUUAAUAAAUAUAAUGAAGAUCCAAAUAAAAUUUUAUAUAAUCCUUUAAAUGAUAAUAGUUUAUACAUUAUACAAAAGACAAGAAAAUUGGAAACAAGUAAUGAUUAUAAUAAUAAAGCCAACGAUUACACGAUUAAUGGCAGUUAUAUCGAUUCUAUCAAACUUUUGGAAUUGAAAAUUAAACAAGAAAUUCAGCAAAAUAACGAUUUAUUAUUCCAUAAAAAACAAACCAAAUUAAAUGGGAAAAGUAAUGCCCAAUCAAAAGGAACAGAAAAAGAAAUAAAUGAAAAAAAAAUAUAUAAUUUGAAUAAGCGUCUAAAACAUCAAGCACUUAACAAAUCAAAAAAAAAUAGUAAAAUAUUAUUGAAUUAUAAGAAGAAUAUAAAACAGAAAAAAGAAAAGGAAACAAAAUUAAAGUGUAACGAUAAUAAUAAUUGUGAAAAGAAAUCCAAUGAUAUUCCUAAGGUUCAAUUAUAUAAGAAUAGCGUAUUAAAAAAAAAUACAGAAAUAAAAUUUUGUGAAGAUGACAAUAAAAUAACUAAAGAAGGGGAAAAAGAUAGAAAUGAUAAAACACUCAAACAAAUCAAUUCAAACAAAAAUAAUGUUACAUUAGAAGAAAAUAAAAAUAGCAUCCAAAAAACAACUAAUAUAUAUAAUAUCACAGACAAGGGGAUAAAUGAUGUAUUAAAAAAUAGUGAUGAAAUUCCUUUAAAAUACAAAAAUAAUUUGGUAUUUGGGCUAACAAAAUUUGAAAAUAUAAAUGAUACUAUUCAAAAUGAAAUAAAUCAAAAGAGCGAAACUGGAAUACAUAGAGAUAACAUUAAUACCCUCGAUGCAAAUAAAGACGAUAUAGGAUAUAAUAAAACUUAUAAAAAUAACGAAAUGUUUAUAAAUGAAUAUUUUAGUGAAUGUAUUAACAAUAUCAAUAAUGAAACACCUUUAGGAAAAAAUAAUAUAGAUAAUGAUAAUCAAAAAGAUUUGAAAGCAUAUGAUAUGCAAGACGACAAACCUUCACGCAACGAUUUUACCACAGAAUUUAAUAUGUUUUUGAAUGAAAGUACCCCUUUAAAGGAUGAAAAAUCCUUUGAUAUAUUUUUUAAUGAGCCAUUAGCAACACCAUCUAUAUUUCAUGCAUAA